AUGCCACUCGAAGCGCUGUGCGUCCUCCGCAGCAAGCCCCUCGUCCUCGCCCUCGUCCUCCGCCGUAUCCUCGCCUCGCAACCGCUGCCGCCACCCAUAAAGCUCCCGCCUCGUCAGUCGCCCGUCCGCGUCCGCGUCGUGCGCGGCGCGGACGCGCUCGCGCAGAAAGGCGCGGAAGGCGUCGGCGCGCCCCGACCACUCUGGGAAGAGCAACGCGUGCAGCUCAGACGGCGCGACCUGCCCGUCCGCGUCGACGUCGGCGAAGGCGAAGAGGUCUGGCCGCUCGACCUGGUCCGCGUGGUGGACGUACAGGCGUCCGGCCUCAAACUCAGGGAGCGAGAGGGUCCCAUCGUCGUCCGCGUCGGCGGCGCCCAGCAGCGCGUGGGUCUCGUAGGUGGUGGACGCGCGGACAGACUCGAAGUAGCUGCGCGCCUGCGACUCGAGCGCCGCCUGCAGCUCCGCCACGUCGAGUCGUCCGUCGCGGCUCACGUCAAGCCGCUCGAAGAGCGCGCGCACCGUGGCAGGAUCCGCCUCAACCUCAUCGAUAUCGUCCCACGCCAGGCCCCACCCCGACGGCAUAACGUCCUCUUCUUCGUGAUGGACGAUCUGCGCCCGGACCUGAACGUGGCGUACGGUCAGACGGAGGUGGUCUCGCCGAGGCUGGACGAGUUUGCCGGCAAGUCACUCACCUUCGAACGGGCGUACUGCCAGUUCGCUCACUGCGCCCCCUCGCGGCAGAGCUUUAUGACUGGUCGGACCCCCCAGCAAACGAAGGUAUACAACUUCGAGUCAUCGUUCCGGGACGCAGGCGUUGGCCCCGAAUGGGUCACGCUCCCAGAGUGGUUCAAGCAGAACGGCUACUACGUGGCCGGCGGCGGGAAGCUGUUCCACCCAGAUUCCAGCGGAGCGGAUAUCGACAGCGAUCCUCAAAGUUGGACAAACUACUAUUACCCGAACGACCCAGAGAACCCCACAUUCUCUUGCCCGAGCACGCAGCUGUACCAAUCCGUGUGUCCUAACUCGUCCACGAACAUGGACGUCUUCUUCGACAACCAGCUCGCGGACGCGGCUAUGAACGAGCUAGCUGUCGCCCAAAACACUGGCAAGAACUGGUUCCUUGGCGUCGGCUUCUACCGGCCGCACCGGCCAUGGAAUACGCCCGUGCAGUACUACAAUCAGUACCCAAAUUCUAACAACAUGCCCACGGAUAUGGAGCAGGCAACGCACAAGGACGCCCCCACGCGGAUGCCCGAGAUUGCCUGGGGGGAGAGCAACUGGCCCUGCAACCAGGAGAAGCUGGGCUCUUGCACCUGCAAGAGCACCGGCACGAGUGCAAACUACUGUGAUUCCGGGACAAUAUUCACAUUCGGCCAGACAGAGCCAAUUCCAGACAGUCUAGCCCUGCUUGGUCGAUGGGCGUACUACGCUUCCGUGACUUACGUGGAUGAUGUAUUUGGGCAAGUGGUCGAUAAGCUGGAGGACCUUGGCAUGGAAGAGAACACUGUGGUUUCAGUGAUCGGCGACCACGGGUGGCAGCUCGGCGAGCAGGGUCAGUGGUGCAAGCGCAUGAACCUUGAACUUUCUACUCGCGUACCCAUGAUGAUCCGCUCACCUUCUCACCCAGGCAGUCAUGGGAAGAAGACGUCCCACUUUGCAGAGUUAGUGGACCUGUAUAGAACGCUCAUCGCGCUUGCGAUCCCACCAGAUGACACUAGCGUGACUGCUCUGCAAGAGGACGUCGGGGGCGUUGAUCUGGCGCCUAUCUUUGAGAAUCCAACCAACCCUGCGUCGGCUGUGAAGACGCAUACAUUCAGUCAGAUGAGUCGGUGCCCACGACCGGCGGACGGCCUCGGACCGUACUCUUCUUGCAAUAGCGAGACACUCGAGGAGAUCGCGUGGAUGGGAUUCAGCGUCCGGUCGGAGCUCUACCGCUACAACAUAUGGCUUCAAUUUAACGGUUCAGACAAUUAUGCGGCGUGGGGCGGUGACGAGAAAUACGAGGAGUUGUACUCGUACGAGAACUCAGACAUGAGUGACUUCAACAGUUUCGAACGGGUAAACGUAGUAUCCGAUCCGGAGUAUGCACUCAAGAGGGACGCGCUCUACCUGGCCUUCACACGGACCAAGGACAACGCGUGCGAUGGCGACAAAUGUACGUGGUGUGGCCAAAUCGGGGGCAGGAGCGGGCCGUUGACUGCAGCGCGGCGCGACAAAUGCCAGAGCGUGUACUACAUCGGUACUGCAGCGUACGUGUCGGAGUGCGGGAUGGUCCGGGUAGGCGACAACGACUGGAGGUGCAGGCUAGAGUGGCCUCCGCACUACAAGUGCGGUGCGGCGGUUCGGCGCAGCGCGUGCGCGCAAGGCUCUGGACGCGAAUGCCUGCUGAUCACCUUCCCAGCGACACCAGGCAAGGCGUGCGACGGUGCCUUCCAGGCGUCGGCUUGUGAGGUCUUUGCCCAGCUAGCCAGCGUGAAGCCCGAGGCGUGCAGUGUCUGGUGCCACAGUAGCGACCUGCUGCUGUCCCUCGCCGAGCUUCCGCCCGCCUCCGAGCUCGCGCCGAGCUCUGGGCGUCCGAGCAGUGCUGGUGUGGGAGCCCGUGCGAGCGACGGGUGGCACGCGGCGCCCCCCAACGGCAGCAUCAUCACCGUCUCUCUUGAAGCGCCCUCCGCCGAGGCGAUCACCGUGAUCGAGGCUACUGCUGUGGAGACGCUGUCGAUCGCUGAGGCCGCUGAGGCCUUCCUUGCCGCGCAUUUCAUUGGCGCCGUCCCGCUCCCGGGGGCGGUGGACGCGCAGCCUGAGGGCUCGCCGUCGCCUCCCAUGGCUGCCAUUGUUGGUGCCGUGAUGGGCGGCGCUGCGGCGCUCUUCCUCGUGGUACUCGCGCGGCGGCGGUUUGGACGGUUGGCCCUGUGCAGGGCGGGGUGCUUCGGGUCUGACUGUGGCCCGUGUGGGCAGGGGGGAUAG